UACUUUGGCGAGCUGACUGUCGGCACGCCUCCCCAGAAAUUCAAUGUUGUGUUCGACACUGGGAGUUCGGACUUUUGGAUCCCCUCAAUUAGCUGCGACUCGGUAGCCUGCAACACGCACAACCGUUUCGAUAACGACAAGUCUUUGUCUUUUGUGACCUCGCACGUACCGUUCUCGUUGACCUACGGCACCGGUGGACUGAUGGGCCAGGUCGGUGUCGACACGGUGCAGCUGGGUGGCACUAAUGUCUCGGCAAUGCACGUCGGCAUGGCUACGCAUAUGGGGCACUUCUUCCGCUCGACGCCCUUUGAUGGCGUGUUCGGGCUCGGGUUCCCCAAGCUCUCACGCAUACAAGCUGACCCACCGUUCUACACCAUGGUCCAGCAGGGGCUGUUGGAGAAGCCCAUGUUCUCAUUCUGGAUCCGUGUUGGCCGCAAUGGCUCCCCGGCGGGAGGAGAGCUCGUCUUGGGCGGAGUCAACCCAAAGCGGUUCGACGGGAAAACACGCACCAUUCCUAUCGUCCGCAAGAUGUACUGGGAAGUUGAGCUGAGCGGACUGCUGGUCGACGAGUACUCGCUACCGAACCUCUCCACCCAGACCGCAGUCAUCGACACAGGCACUGCCCUCAUGGUUCUGCCUGCGAACGAUGCUGACAUUGUUAACCAGUAUCUUGGCGCCAUACCGCUGUUCAACCAGUACGGGCUGUAUGGCAUUGAUUGCCAUCGGGCGCGCAAGCCGACAGUCAAGUUUGGGUUCGCCGGCGAGACUUUUGCAAUCGAGCCUGAGCACUACAUAAUCCCUGUCGGCAGAGGCAGAUGCGUGACGGCAUUUGCAGCUAGCAUGGACACGACGCUGGACAAAUGGGUUAUUGGCGAUGCAUUCUUGCGUGCCUGGCACACA